AACGCCCUCGAGUCGCUUCCGGAGUCGUUCGGCGACCUCUCGAGCCUCGUCUCGCUCGCCGUGAGCCACAAUGCCCUCACUUCUCUGCCGGAGUCCUUCGGCGGCCUCGAGAGCCUCGACGAGCUCUUCCUCGAGGACAACGCCCUCACGUCGCUGCCGGAGUCGUUCGGCGCACUUGCGAGUCUCGACGAGCUCCACCUGCACGACAACGCCCUCGUGUCGCUGCCGGAGUCGUUCGGCGGACUCGAGAGCCUUGUCACGCUCAAGCUGAACCACAACGCCCUCACGUCGCUGCCGGAGUCGUUCGGCGACUUCGAGAGCCUCGCCAUGCUCUACCUGCAGGACAACGCCCUCGCGUCGCUGCCGGAGUCGUUCGGAAACCUCGCGAGCCUC